GCUAUAUUUCUUGGCGCACGCGCAAUGCAACCUAUUGAAUUUAAAUUUAGAGGUUGACUUGAAAAUUCGAAAUUCGAAUUAUCGAAGUCGAUUAAGUAUAUAUUUUUAAAUAUCGAAGUCUGAUAAUCGAAGUCGAUUCUGUUAAAUUAAAUUUCGCGCGCGUUUUUUGGCGUUGUUUUAGUGUUAUAGUGUUUACAAUUUGCCGGCAAAAUGUUUCACGGUGGUAUUUGGAGCAAACUGCAGAGCCUGUACAAGUGGUACGUGCUCGGGCUAGUGUCAGUUGGCUACAUCCUGGGAGAGCUUGGACAUUACAUGAUUGGUACAACAUCGAAAGUGACAGCUGACGAUCUGCACUACGGUGACAAGUCGUGUAUGCUGAACGCUACUCAUCUGCACCUCAACCAGCUACCAGUAGUCUGCGAGAAGGUCAAUUCUAGUGAGAUAUGCGAAUCCCUAACUCUAAAUGGAACUCGGUACUGCGAAUGGGGCUAUAACGGCCUGGGUAUCGACUACCAGGUGUUGGCCGGCCCGGCCUUCAUGGCCGUGUUCACUGUCGUGGGAGUCAUCAUCGGAGUUGCUGCAGAUAAAUUUAACCGAGCUCGAAUUCUCGGAGUGUGCACAUUGGUCUUCGUGAUCGCUAUUCUUCUGAUGGGAACUGUAAAAGAGUACUGGCAUCUAGUACUGCUUCGGAUGAUCAUGGCCGCUGGGGAAUCCGGCUGCAAUCCACUGGCUACUGGCAUACUGACGGAUCUGUUCCCUGAGCACCAAAGAGCACUUGUGCUGUCAAUCUUCAACUGGGGUAUAUAUGGCGGCUACGGUAUCGCCUUCCCCGUAGGAAGAUACAUCCCUGAUUUGAACGCUUGGGGAUUGAGUUGGAGACUGUGUUAUUAUGGAACUGGUGUCAUCGGCAUCUUAGUGGCUCUUCUUACAUUCCUGACACUUCGGGAACCAGAACGUACAACUAUUGGCGAAGAAGGAACUGGUCCAGCAAAAGCUGGUGAUGCGAGCUUGGAGUCUGGCAAGAACAUGCCACAGCUGAGCAUCUGGCAUGUCAUCGCUCAGCCACGAGUGCUGCUGUUGUGUCUGGCCGCUUCCAUCAGACAUUGUGGUGGUAUGACUUUCGCGUACAACGCUGAUCUGUACUACCGCGAUUACUUCCCGGACGUUGACCUUGGCUGGUGGCUGUUCGCCGUCACCGUCGGCAUCGGCUCCGUAGGAGUGGUCGCUGGUGGUCUCAUUUCUGACAAGUUCGUAUCACGAAUGGGUGUGCGGUCGCGAGUGUUGGUGCUGGCGUUGUCACAGCUGAUAGCGACUCUGCCCGCUUUUGGUUCCGUUGCCUUCGGACCACUGUGGGCCAUGAUCACCUUAGCUAUCUCCUAUUUCUUCGCUGAGAUGUGGUUCGGUAUCGUAUUCGCCAUCUUGGUGGAGAUCGUGCCGCUCUCCGUCCGCUCCACGACCGUGGGCGUAUUUCUGUUCGUGAUGAAUAACGUCGGCGGAAACCUGCCCAUCCUCGUGGACCCAGUCUCCAAGGCCAUAGGAUACAGGGAGUCUAUUAUGAUCUUCUACGCUGGCUUCUAUGGAAUCAGCAGUAUACUGUUCUUCCUCACAAUGUUCCUCAUGGAUGGACCAGUUGAGAACAACCAGAGUGAAACAAACAGACAAACAAACAAGCCGGAGGGACUAGACAACAGAGCAUUCACGCAAGACGAGCUCGUAAGGAGUCAGCGGCCUACACUUCCUAUCGAUAGUUCAAGUAGACUAUAAGUUUUAGAUUGUAAAUUAUAAUGGCAAUGAUUUAACGUAGACUGGAGCCGAAAUGUGAUAUACGCCCCAUGUGAUAUUGACGA